UACACCAUAAAAUAAACAAGUAACAAUGACAAAUUCAUUAAUACAAACACACCACACACAUAGUCAUUUACAAGUGACUACUUGAAAGUACAAUAAAUCAUAAAAAAUGUGCAAUUAAAGUGUGUUAAGAGAUGUGAAAACCCUACACCAAACAAAACAUGCUUAUAUUCACCAAAAAUAGGGGAUGUGGUAUUUUGUGCUGAACACAGGCUGAAAUUGGUGAGUUACUGCCAAUUCUGGGGAUACUGUAGUUUUUUAUUUAGCUGAUAUUUUUCUCCAAAGUGACUUACAACAUUUAUAUGGGGUAAUUUCCCUGGAGCAUUUUGGGGUAAAGUACCUUACUCCAGGGUAUACAGAUACAGCUUUGAAUCCAAGGCUCAAAGCGAGUGUAGGGCAAAACCCCCAUAAGACAGUAAAAUACUGUUUUUAAUAUUGAUUUUUUUGAGUGUUAAGCUUUAUUUGUUAAUUUCAUUUGUUGCCACCUGAUGCUGUGUCCUAUGUCAUUCAGAAAUUCCUCCAGGGUCUUCCUGUCAUUGACAUAGUCCAGACAUAAAUUCUUCAGUUGCUGUUGAUGAUCUUUCAUGGGACGUUUGACUCGUUUUCUUGGAGGCUGACUGUGAGAACUGUGGUGGAAACGGGAGGAAUCCUUCUCGUGCACACUGGAGGAAGUCUUCCAUCGGUGGAUGCGAUGACAAGUGCCAACACGUAGAUGCUACUGAAAUACUCCACCAAGCCUUCCAGUCCUUCCAGUUUUAGAUCAUUUUUGGAAAACUAUACAGUAAGGGGGAGAGAGCGUGAAGCCUGGGUACCGGAGACAAAGCAGCAGUACCAGGAAGCACAAGCCUGAGCACCUCACCGACCCCAAUCCCGCACCCGGAGCACCACCCCUCGACAGCAGUUCCCUGUGCCCCCUUUUCCCCUCUGUCCGCUGACACAGCUGCCCGUUAAUAAACCCCUCCUCACGAGCACCGCACGUGACCGUCUCGGCCUCCUUUUGUUACAUUCCCCGUUACACCAGGUGCACCUGCUAUCAGUCUGUCAGUUGGGGUUUGGCCUGAGCACCUGCCUGCCGCAUACAGGUAACAGAUGACGAUCAGGUACCUUCUUACCGAGAUGUAAAUGCUGUAUGGAUUAAAAAGGGUCUCUUCUGCAAAGGACUGACACCGGCUUCAUAUAACUUCUUCUGGUGUAUUUUUUUUCUUUGUGCACCGUCAUCAACAGCUGGAUAUGUUUUCCCCAAAGGCACGAAAAUGAGUUCUCUGCAAUGUUCUCAAUAUAUGUGUGUAAUCCUUGUUGUUAUCCAAUACAACCCGUGUUCUACCUGUCCUUGGGCUCAUUAUGAAAUAGAUGGAAGAUGUUGCCCAAUGUGUACACCUGGAUAUUAUGUUCGCAAUGACUGUACGUCUACCGAUAUCACAAUAUGUCGUCCAUGUACCGUGUCAACUUUCACUGAUGAACCAAACGGCCGUCGUAAUUGCAGUGCUUGUGUAGUCUGUGAGCAAGAUCUUGGUUUAAAGACAGUAAAGGAGUGUAAACCCUUUGAAGACACAGUGUGUGGAGUCCUGGAAGGGAACUAUUGCACUGAUUCCUAUGAGGGAGGAUGUAGAGCAGCACAGAAACACACAACCUGUAAACCUGGAGACUUCAUCAAACACCCUGGAACAGAAUAUAAUGACACCGUGUGUGAGAACUGCCUAGAAGACUCUUACUCAAAUGGAUCUUCAACAUCCUGUUUGCCACACACAGACUGCGAAUCCCAAGGACUUUACACACUUAAACCAGGAGACAGUGUGUCUGAUUCUCAGUGUGGAGAGAUCAGCCGAGUCCCUCUUAUAGCUGGAAUUAUAGUUGGAAUAAUUUUACUGCUGUUACUAGUUGGAGGAGUAACACUGUAUAAAUCAGGGUUCUGUCACAAGGAGAACAGCUCCAUCCCAUCUGGACGAGGUGUGUUUACUUCUACAGCACCUGCACUGUACUCCUCUGCAGACUUGGUCCUCGGUCCUCUUUCAGUCUGUCCUGAAAAUUUGGGCCUUGAAGCGGCUAUGGAUUCCCCCGUGAGUUUGGAUUCUGAUCCUCCCAUGGACUCCGCUGCAAGUUUGGGCACUGAACCUCUUGUGGCCUCCCCUGUGGACUUGGUCCUCGAACCUCCACUGGAUUCUCCUGUGGCAAUGGGACAUGCUCUGGUUCCCCCUCAGGAUGGGAGAGGAUCUCCACCAGGUUAGGGGAGUGCUCCAGAUUCCCCAGCUUCUGAACACCCAUAAGUGGAAAGGAAGGGGGUUCGGCUCAUUUCUGGCCCCACUUGACCCCCUCUCUCCUUGCCUUCAACCCACAAGCGCACGUACUGCUGAAGCAGACAGCUCGGCAUUAUGUGCAAGUACCAGCAAUGAAACCAUGGUAACCUCAUCCUGGUUACCUAUCUGUGCCUUAAUAUCAGGAUGGCCAGAUUAUAGGUUUGCAAGUCCUGCUACCUUUCAAAACAAAGAUAUUUUUUAACUCGACGCCAAGGAUUAAUAGUACUUUAUUUUGACACUUCUAAGCCCUUUUAAAAGGGUGAUCUUAUGUGACAAGCUGGUACAGUGGUGCAGAGGGUAAUGCUACCACCUCAUAAUGCCUGAGCAAUUCGGGUUCGAUUGUGGCUCAGUCUACGUGGAGGUAGUUUCCCACGCGAUUGUGUGGGUGUUUCCCUAGGUGCUCCGGUUUCCUCCCACAGUCCAAAUACCUGCAGUUCAGGUGAUGGAAUGAUGUCUCAUCCUUGCACCCAGUGAAUCUGGGAUGGGCUCCAGAUUGCUGCAACCCUGAUCAGCAUCAUUACUGCCUGCUUGGCCCACAGAAAGGAAGAACAAGAUUUCAGUUUCUUUCUUAGUCUGCCUCAUGACACUGCACUUUGACAGCAGUGUAAAUCUCAGCAGUGCUUAUAAUGCAGAGCUUCAUAGGGUUUUUGGUACAUUUGUUGUAGGAAUAUGGUAAGAUGUAAGUACUGGACUGGGGUUCUUGCAACCAUCCAAGAAACUUUUGACAAAAGGUUUCAUUUGUCUUCAUGUAUUGUCUUGUUGAACCAGCAGGCAAAUUUUUAUUUUGGUGGUGUUAUGGAAUGCAACCCAAUGGCACAUACUAAUGUACUUUAAUGUUAUAGCCUUUCAGGGACAACUGACAGUGUAGUGGUUAUAGCUGUUGCCUUUAGAUCCAUGGGUGGCAAGUGCUGUGGUACACUUGAGCAACAUCCUUCGUUGUAAAAUUGUAUAAGUCACCCAUAGUUGCCUAUAAGCUGUUAAACGAA